CAGGUACAUCAAUUAGCACUAAUGUUGGUGCUGUAUUUGGUUCCCUAAGAUUUUUAGAUUUCUAUGUCGAUGGAGAACUUUGCUGGGGAGUUGAGCUGACCCAUGAGGAAAAUAAGUUGAAUGAGCAUGCGGAACGAUUUGAAACUGAUGGUACAUAUGCUGAUAUUCCAUUAAAACAAUGGGCAAUUCUUGAUUGCAGGCAUCAUUCAAAAAAAGUAAGAGAACUUAAACCAAACUUCUGGUAUGUGCUCUAUUCAGAUGACUUUAAAAGUGUUACUAUUAAAGCGUGA